AGUCAAAAACUAAGUUAUCGUGGAUUUGAGAGAUCAAUACUAGCCUGUUUACGGCGUGUCGCACAUACGAUUGAAUGGGUGAGCAGCCUGCGCCAUUGUUAGAGAGAGCGAUGUUCGAAGAACAGUUUGUGUAAUAAUUCUUCAUGACAAGAAAAUUACUCGAUUAUUUUCGAUGACCUCUAAACCUGUUCCCAUAUCACAUGUACGAGUUCUAGAUAAGAAGAACAUGGCAAAUGGGUUGCCGAUUCGACGCGCUGACUUUGUGCUCGAGAAUGGUGGCCCCUUUCGCUUGUCGUACACACUCUUGGAGCGAAGCGACGCGCCGCCCUCUGCGGAGAGGCGAAGGCGCAAGGUCAUUUUUCUGCAUGGUUGGCUACAACACGAAGAUUGCUGGUUGGGCACAGCGAAGAACGUGUGCUACUUCUACAUAUGGCAUGGUUGAUUAUGAAAAAAAAGUAACCACCAAAGUAUAAGUCCAACGAAAAAUGUAAUUAUGUCAAAGUCUCUAUUUUCUACACCCUGCAUUACUUAAGGCGUAACAAGGAUGAUUCUCUAAGAAGCUUAUCGCUAUCUCUUGAGUGCACUCGUGCACUCUGUUCGUACUACAGCGACUCAAUUCUAGAAAACUAUACCAGACGGACCCAGGAGCAGGAUGAAAGUGAUAGAUGUUCAAGGAGAGUAACCUCUAGAAUGUGUUGUAUUUUUCAUAUCACGGCUACGACUGUCUCUUGAUCGAGUUUCCGUGGCAUGGCCGAAGUACGCUUGCGCGGGGCACCAGCUCCUCGUUGCUGCCACGAGUUCAAGAUUGGCAUUCAGAGGUGCUUCGUCCGAUUUUGGAGAGACUUCACUGGACAGACGACGAAGAUGCUUCAAAUAUAGAAGGAGAUGCUUCAAAUAUAGAAGGAGAUGCUUCAAAUGAAGCAGGUGCAAACGGUGCAACGCCGCCCGAUAAUAUAAUUGGAGGAGCAGGUACAACGUCGUCCCAGAGCAAACCGCAUCUAACAUUUGCAGGCUGUAGUAUGGGCGCGAAGACUUCGAUGAGUUACAACAUCGCUUAUCCAGGUUGUCCUGAAAACAAGAGGCGUUUUAUCAUAUUAGGGACACCUGGACAGGCCGAAUCAAAAUGGCCGCUUGAAGUGGGCCGUUGUUACGGGAGAUUAGCAGAGCGCUUGUGCUUCGCCAUUGCGCCGACGCGAGAGCUGACAACGGUUGUAUCAGGCAGUUUCCUACCGGGAUCUGAGUCUUCUUUUAUGACAUAAUUUGAUAAAUUUCAAAUCUGUUGUUAUAAAAGAAUACUCAGAUCAUGGCAAAAAGUUGCGAUAGUGAAACUAUGCUGAUUGAACCAAGACUAUCUACUACUUCCUUUUGAAUACUUGCAGGUAGCGUACUCGAUGCAUUGUUGUCAAAGUUCGAUACACCUCGUCCGUCCAAGUAGAGUAAUGAUCCGCCUCUAGAUAUGUCCUCUCCUUUUUGCGUUCAGUUUUUCAACGAAUCCGCUGUCAAGAUGGCGCAGCGCGGCCGCACAGAAAAUGGCGUUGUUAUCGAUUUCCAAGGAUACACCGCAAUACGGUUUGGACCCGGUCACCGCAGCUCGGUGUCUUCGGACUGCAGAGCAUACUGCUCUAGUUCACGGUCGUUCGGAUCUCUACCACGCUCCGCACUUCGAAAAAUGGGCGGACGGUCGCGAUUACAUCUUUUACCGCCGCGUGGGCAUGUGGGGUGAGGAGGAUGUGACAUCUCCGGUCGACGACUCGGGGUUCCCGGAGGUGGCAUUAGAUACAGGCUGCAAGGACGAUCCUCGUGGAGACACCAAGGAGGCUUCGCGACCUGUUUCAGUACUAGAAUAUUCUUGGCGGACACAUGAGACGACCUGUUCUUUCAUCGACUCAAUGAAACUACAUCGUUUUUGGUGGUUUUGGGGACGCGAGCCUCCGGACCGGGCUGGUAUUCUAGACUGGAAGCUUGGUCCAGCGAACAGAGGGAGCGCGGGGGCGAAGUUGUAGUUGAGUCUUGGCACAGGAAGAGAUCACUGCUAGCGGCCAGCGGAUUCGGAAGGAACGAAACAUCGAAAUGAACAUAUGAUUUACUGUCCGAUAUUUUUUUAAAGGGGGUAUCAUUCAGGGUUUACAUAGAAUCGUGCAGUAAAAGUGGGAGAUAAAAUCUAGAUAGGUCGCACAACUAGAUAGUCAUUGCGCACAUAGAUAAUGAGGUAUUGGCGCACAGAGUGGUGCUGGUCAGAACUAUAGCAAGGGUCCUUCAGGGAAAACGUCAUACUUGUGAAAGAAAAUAAGUCACAGAGACUCCUUGAAAUAUGUAACUUUGUUUUCACUUUUGCGUAUGACUUUUUUUAGAAUUUCGAUCUCUGAUAUGUCAGGAAGUACGCAUUAUGCGCUUCUUCCGGAUUGCUGCGGCGAAUCGAGGAAAGCCUGGAUAUGAUCGAUUACCGUGUUCGCUUAUCG